AUGCUGCACGUGUUCGAACACCUGCAGCUGGAGCUGAUGCUGCUGGGGACGCUGUCGCUGCUGCUGACGGCGCUGCAGGACGCGCUGAUGAAGAUUUGCGUGAAGGAGGAGGGGUCGUACGGGACGGAUGAGUGCCCAAAAGGCGAGGGACCGCUGUGGAGCGCGACGACGCUGCAUCAGACGCAUAUUUUCAUAUUCAUUUUGGCGUGCACGCACGUGAGUUACGUGGCGGUGAGCGCGUACGUGUGCUCGUGGAAGCUGCGGCAGUGGCGGCGUUGGGAGACGGAGGGGGAGGUGAAGGUGCACGCGUUGAAUCCGAAGAUUAACCCGAGGAACGCGACGGGGAUUGUGCAUUUGGUGUGGCGCGCGUUUUGGUCGCAGUUUCGAUUCGCGGUGGACAAGGGGAUGUACUUGUCGUUGCGAAGAUUGUUUUUGGAGCGCACGGGGGCGACGCACGAUUUCAACUUUUACGAUUACUUGCGCGAGUCCAUGGAGGAAGACAUGAGCUCGCUCAUCGGGAUGACGGUGUUGAUGUGGUCGAUGGCUACGAUUUUCGUGACGGUGCCGCAGGCGUUGUUCUUAUCCGCGGGGAUCGUGUGUCUGGGCGUCAUGCUCUUCGUGGGGACGAUGCUCGAGAGCGUGGCGUUGCGUCUCGCGCAAGCUGCGUACGAACGUUUCGCCGACGAGAACGAACUCGAAGAGAGGUUGGCGGAAGAAGAGCUAGACAUUUCUAUCGAAAAAUCACCCACUGUGCGGCGACGCGAGCUGCGAAAAGAGAUUGAUUCGCAAAAUUUCUUUUGGUUGGGUCGACCGCGUUUGCUGCUCAAAGUUUACCAAUUCGUGUUGUUUGAAAACGCCAUUUCACUAUCCAUGCUCAUCUUCAGCAUGUGGCAAGAUAAAAAGUGGUUGACCUACAACGCGAGUAUGUCGGUCGGCACCGCCUGGGCGCUGUUUGCCGUCGACGUCUGCGUGUUGAUGCACAGCGCUUUGUUCAUUCUUCCCGUGUACGCCAUCACGUCGACCGUUGGUUCACAUUGCGCGACUUCUUUGCAAGAAUACGCCGAUAAACUCGGCAUCACGCGCGAGGCCGCUUUACAAGCGUAUUUAGAACGCGCCAAUGAGUCGAUGUCCACAGCUGACGCCGCAGAGGUGGCGGCGUACGAUUUGAGUUUACUCGGGCGUGACGUCAAGGAGGUCGUCUCGAGCGGAGAUUUCGAUCAAGAAGCCGUGCCAGUUUCGGCGCUACCUAAAGACUUACAAGCUGUCGCGGGUGCGUCUAGUCGUCAAUUAUCCGCUGGUCUCAAAGAUAUCCAGGCCAGAGGCCAGGCGCGAAAAUCGUGGGCGAAGGCGGCGGGCAAGCUCGCGGCUGGGCAAAAAGAUUACUCGCGAGAGAAUGAAAAAUCAAUCACCAGUUUGCUCGGCGCUAUCUUGUCAAAUCAAAUGAAAGCCGAGCUCGCAAAGCAAAAGCGAGAAAAAGAAGCGAAAGAAGCGGCAAGAGCGGCGAGUCCUGGUGUUGUCGGAGCGUUGCAGCGAACAUUUUCGAAGAAGGAUAUAGCCACGAUGUCCGUCGGUCAACCAUCCGCCGACGACGUCACCGAAGACUCGCCAAUUCCAAGUUCGAAGGUCUUGGUUAGUAAACCGUCGAUGAAGGACGUCUUUAGCAUGGCCUCGCCUCCUCCUAAGCCAACAAUGCGUAGCUCGCUCGACGAAGAAAAAAUCGUGGAGGAGCCGUAAGAUGAGACGUCUGAAUGAAUCGCGCAAAC